GCGAGGAAAGGGUGAUUUUGUCGGUGCUGGGAAAAAAAUAGCAAGGAAAGGUUUCUUGUCAUGGCGCUGGGGAGGGUGGCGGUGCGACAUUGGAUUCGAAGUUGCUCUUUCCUGGAGACCCGUUUCUUUUGCGAGGCUCCAAGAAUAAAAUCUGGCGGCAGCCGUCAACUUUCUUCAGGCCAUGGAGGAAAAAGGGGAGUCGAGGCAUUUCAAAAAUCCAGAAUUUUCAGAAGAGGGUUUAUAUUCUCAGCAUUGUCCUACCUGGGAUACAACACUUAUCUAGUAAUCUCUCAGUCUGCUAUGGUUCGUGCUGAUGUGAAAAUUAAUGAAAUCCUAGAUCAAGCAGACUAUCUCUAUGGAAGUGGAGAAACUGAAAAGCUUUAUCAGUUGCUGAGUGAACACAAAAGUAGUGAAAAUGCACAAGUGUUAUGGCGUCUGGCACGAGCUUUACGAGACCUUGCUCAGCUUAGUCAAACUUCAGCAGAAAAAAAGAAGCAGCUGGCUUAUGAAGCCCUUGAUUAUGCAAAGAAGGCACUUGAGAAAGACAACAAUUGUUAUUGUGUACACAAGUGGUAUGCAAUAUGCCUCAGUGAUGUGGGAGAUUAUGAAGGAGUAAAGAGCAAAAUCUCCAGUGCUUUUGUUAUUAAGGAACAUUUUCAGGUAUUUCAACACAUUGAUCUGAAUCCAAAGGAUGCUACUUCACUUCAGUCUUAUGGCGUAUGGUGUUACACAUUUGCUGAUAUGCCAUGGUAUCAGAGGAACAUAGCUGAUUUAUUCUCAACCCCACCAAGCUCUACCUAUGAAGAAGCAUUACAGUACUUUGAAAGGCUGAAAAUGGUAAUUGAACCAAAUUUCUAUAGUAAAAACUUGCUGUUCUUGGGAAAGACUUACAUGAAAUUAAAUAAUAAAAAGAUGGCCCUUCUCUGGCUAACAAAAGCUAGAGAUCGGCUACCACAUACAGAGGAAGAUAAGCAGGUACAAAAAGAAGCUUUGGAAAUAUUAAAUUCUAUAUGACAUGAUUUCUCAAAAUAUCUGAACUAAUGAACUAAGAAACUAAAGAGAAAGCUAAACAGUUAUAUUGUGGUUCAAAUUGGUAUAUGAAGAAAAGAAUUUUUAGAGAAGAAUAAAUUCCAGAUUUUAUUGACAUUUCCAUCUACAUCUAUUAAUCCAUCUGUAUACAUUUUUUGUCCAGAAUAGAGAGAGAAAAAUCAGGAAACAGUUAUGAAAUUUACAAAUAUUCAGAAAUAAUAGCUUUUAAUUUUAAUCUCUACUUUUCUUGUUUAAACUGUUAUUUUAAGUCAUUUUCUGGCAUGGUUUUAGGUAGUUCAUUUGGAUAACUAUACUGUUUUUGUUUUGGAGAAUUUAGUAGGAUAGAAUAUGCUUGCUUUUAUAUGUCAAAGAAUAAUUCGUUAAGAUAUUGUUAUAAGAGUGUGGUGGCACAAUGUAUGGAGCCGGGAGUUCAAUCCUGAUGGGCUCAAGGUUGACUCAGCCUUCCAUCCUUUCAAGGUUGGUAAAAUAAGGACCCAGAUUGGGCCAACAUGCUGACUCUUUAAACCAUCUAGAAAGGGCUGUAAAGCACUAUGAAGUGCAUAUAAGUAUGAAUGCUGUUGCUAAUGCUAUUGUUUACCUUAAUAUGUAAAGGUAUUUUUAAGCACUGUAAGUGCUUAUUUUACAUUUUGACUUGCAGCCAAUAUAUGAAUAAUUGAGCUUUUUGGUUUCUGGCAAGAUUUAGUUAGAUUCCUUAUUGCCUUUCACAUCUCAAUCAUAGUUCCUUAGAGGCAUAAUCUGUUUUCUGAUUUUAAACAAUACCGUUCAUUUGCAACAAAGUUCUUUUAAAAUAAAAAAGACACCAAAAAACCCAUGAACAAAUAUAAAUAUGAGAAAGAAAAAUUCAAAAACAAUAUAGCUUUUGACUAAUAGUCUUGAAACACAAUAUUAAACUAUAUAGAUUGGUAUUUCUUUUGGUUAGGUAAAGUCAUAACAGAGAGCAAAUGAGCUCAAGGAUUUAAAACUAGGAUGACGUAUCCUUUUAUUAUAAAAAUAAGUUCAUGCUUUACUUCAAUAUGAAGACUUCUAAAUCAAAAAUAACUAAUGCAAAUAACUAAUGCAAAUAACUAAUAUCUACCUAAAUAGUUAUCUUUAAUUUUUUUAAUGAAAAACCCUAGUCCUGAGAAUAAGUCAAAAAAUUUGGGUGCUGUUAAUGUAUCUGCAUCAAAUAGUGAAAAGUUUUUCUUAAAAAAUGAAUAUAUUUUUUAGCAGAAGAGCUAACCCUAUAUAUUAAAAAGCUGAAGGUUUCACGCUCCCAUCCUCAAAGCCUCUGUGCCUAUACAUAGCUAUGUUUUUUUAUAUUGAGGUUUGAUAGUUACAUUAUAAGAAAAAAUUAUAAGGAAAAAAAAUGAGGACAGCAUGACCAUAUAAGUGAUUAGAAAAUAGCCUCUAUCUCUUUGGGAAUGUAAAUCAGCUAAGGCAAAUCAGUGACAUAACUUAUAUAGAAAUUGGCAUUGUUGAAAGAAUUGGAAAAAUGCUUUCUAUUUUAAGCACCUAGUUGUAAACUCUGCUAAAGAAAUAAAAAUAGAAGUCUUCAAAUCACUAACAGCAUCUUAGA